AUGUGGAGCAAGGAGGUAUCCUGGAAACUCAUGACGAUGUUCCCGGUACGAUCCGGGACCACGCGGAAGAGCGGCAGCGAAUUGAAACACGACAAAAGCUCACAAUCCUCCAAGUGGAUCAAUGUUGCCCAACCCAGCCAUGCCAGGUGCCAAACAGUUCCUAUGAUCCCUAUUUCGCCUCUUGAUCUAGAUACCUUUGGGCCAAUUGAAGUGGCAGUGGAAGAAUACACCCAUUGGCACCUGGCGAAGAUGGAUACAAUGACUGAGCUUGUGGCUUUCCUCGAGAAGGCGCACUGGGAGAAACGGGGCAAGGAUACCUCAAUCUGUGUCGACGAAAAUCUCGAAUCUGUGUUGGCAAAACUUGCGUCGGGACUUCCUGAUUUGAAGGGUCAUGAUCUACAGGCAUGGAAGACCACGAGAUCCACGAAGAUAGUGAAUACAGCGGCCUAUCUUAUCCCUAUUUGCACAAUCGAGGGAACACCGCGAGUCGAAAAUGGACCUGAACUCACACCAGGUUCGCAGCCGUUCUACUUUGAAGACGAUAUUAUUAUAUCCGGCUCGCUUUACUACGUCCUCGCCUUAACCCCCAAACCGAAAUCGGAUUGA